CCAGCGGUUGCCUCCCCCACCAGGCGACAGCAGCCAGAGGGGGGAGGCAGAAGCGCCUCCUCCCCGCCGGGAGCCGGGGCUGCAGCGCAGGGGGAGGAAGGCGCCUCACCUAGCCCCCGAUGAGGGGCGGAUCAUGCCAUGGCAGCGCCGGCGAACGACAGCGGCAGCAGCACCCGGAGCCGGAGCAGCAGCCCCGGGAGCCGGGAGGGAGUUGGGGGUACCGCGACGGGAGCUCGCGACGACGGGGACGCGGCCGUCCGGGACGCCACCGCGGCGACCGCCCCCAGCCUCCCUCCGCUCGAGGACUACGAGUGCAAAAUCUGCUACAACUACUUCGACGCGGACCGGCGCGCCCCCAAGCUGCUGGCCUGCCUGCACACCUUCUGCCAGGAGUGCCUGAGCCAGCUGCAGCUCCGCGCCGCCGCCGCCGCCUCCAGCGCGGCCCCUGAGCGCGCGCCGCGCCCGCCACCCUGGCACGGCCCGCCCGGCGCCAUCGCGUGCCCGGUGUGCCGCCACCGCACGCCGCUGCCGGACAGCCGCGUGCACGGCCUGCCCAACAACACCAAGCUCGCCGAGGCCUUCCCGCUGGCUCUGCGAGCGGCGCACGAUCCCCUGCCCCAGGACCGGCUCCCGCCGCUGGCCUCCCGCCGCCCCGCGCCCACCGCCGCCCCGCCGCCAGCCCCCGCCCCGCAGCCCCCGCAGCCGGCGCCACCACCCGCUGAGGACGCCGCCCCCGCUCGGGGCCGCCCAGGUCUCCGCGCCCCGGGAGCCUACGAGAGCUGUCAGAACUGCAAGCGCGCGGCGCUCACCGCCGGCUGCGUGUGCGUGGUCUUCUCGUUCCUCUCCAUGGUGGUGCUGCUGUUCACCGGCCUCAUCUUCGUCAACCACUACGGUGGCGGCGGCGGCGGCGGGGGUGGGGGACCCCCCGGCAGCGGUUCGUCCCCCGGCCCCGCCCCAGCUACCGGAUCGCCCUCUCCCUCGCCCGUAGGACCCAUCUGUCUGUCAGUGGCUAGCAUCCUAGCGCUCUUCUCGGUGGUGGUCACCUGGAUCAUCUGCUGGCUCAAGUAUCGGCCCGAGGGGGCGGCCGCGGCCUCGGCAGGAAGCGGAGGCAGUGGCUCCAGGGCGCGGGCGGCCGCAGCUCCCGGUGGUGGUGGCGGUGGCGGCGGCAGGAGGAGCGAUACGUAGAGGGGCGGCACACCCGGUUCCCGGUGCAUCGCCUGCCCUGAGAGGCCCCAGAGGACCCGGCCUUGGGCUAGGUGUGCUGGGGUUUCUGCCUACC